AUGGCGUCAAGCGAGCUUACCCCAGCCUACAUGCCAGAGCCUCCACAGGGUUUACCCCAAAUGAGAAUCCAUUUGAUUAAGAUAUUCUACGAGUACUUCCACCUUGCACAUCCAAUAUUGCCGCCCUUUGAUCUCUGGGUUAUGUCUUCACCACCUCAGUAUCUCGUGAACAUCAUCGAGUUCAUUGGGUUGUAUCAUCUUUCGCCUGGCCAAACCCCUGAAUGCUCAAACGAUCUUUGGGCUGCCACUGAAAACGCUGAACUUGAUUUGGAAAAAGCACAAGCAUAUCUUCUUUUGAGCAUCCUAUUUCAUGGCCGUAAAGCCCCUGAAUGCGCAAAGAAAUGCAUUGGCUCGGCUAUUGAAUGCAGCUUCAGGCUCGGACUCCAUUGCCGAGAGCUCUCCGAAACUGUCGAGAUGCAGAACACCGCUCGUGCUGAAAGCAUGAGGCGGACAUUGUGGGAGAUUUUCACCGUGGACACUCUACUCGCUGCCGUGCAAGUUGGAGGGACUUUACAAUUCAACAUGGAGACGCCUGAUGUGUCCCUGCCAUCUGAAGAUGAGAAGUUUUUGGGCGGUCACCCUGGGGUCUUCUCUAUAUCUGCGAAGGAUUUGGGCUACCGGGCAUUCUCUGAUGAUGAUCGCAUCUCAGCACUUGCUUAUCGUGUCGAGGCGACACUCAUUCUCCGACGAUGUCUUAUCGCCUGCGAGACACACGCUAGUGAAGACACAUUGGAGGUACUGGAUUCAAUGAUCUCGGCUUGGUUUCACCGAUGGCCCAGCGACCACAGCACUAUUCUCCAGAUGGAUGGAAAAGUGAAUCAAAUUGACUUCCAUCUCCUUCCUCCCAAAUACCGGCGAGGUGUUUUGUUCCAGGCCUCCACCUAUAGCAUCCCCUCGCCGAAUGCCCAAACACACACAGCGAAAAUUGUCAACGCAGCUGUCGAACUUUCUAAGCUCGCCUCUCUUUCUACGUCCGUGACAGGUCAUUCUCCUUUUUUUGCUUGUACUCUCGUCCUCAGCUCUGUAAUCCAGGUGACUGUUCUGGCUGCCCCUAUCGGGCAGCCAUUUGGGAAGCAUUACUCAUAUUUGGCGUUGAACAUAGGCGUUCUCAAAUCGAUGGGCAGCGUAUGGGAAAUCGCAGCCUCUUCUGUGGGGAAACUCCGAGCCACCGCACGCGAGGUUGAGGCAGCCUCUGUCGAGGCAGGUCACGAACUCGUUGGAUCUAUGUUUAUUCCUCCUAUCCUCAAAAAAGUGAUUGCUUCCAGCAAUCAUUCUUCUUUUCACUUAGCUAUUGAAAUAUCACAUGAUUUCAGUGCCAGGAUGGCAAAUGAUUGA